AUGGCGAACAACCCACAGCAAAAGUACAAACCGGGGCUGCAUUCGGUCGCUUACGUGACCACCCCGAACGAAGAGUCCGCGCUGAAGCUGUCCCGAAAGUUGGUGGAACGGAAGUUGGCUGCUUGUGUGAACAUCGUACCCCGGGUGGUUUCGAUCUACGAGUGGGAAGGCAAAAUCAACGAACACCACGAGAUUCUUUUGGUGAUUAAAACGCGCACCACUCGGGUUGACGAGCUGUGCCAGUUUGUGCGGGAAAAUCAUCCGUAUAGUGUGGCGGAAGUGGUUGCGCUGCCUAUCGAGAAUGGAAAUCCGGCGUAUUUGACGUGGCUGAGCAAGGCCGUCCCGGAGGGGAAGCAUUGA